AUGUGCGACAAGGAGUUCAUGUGGGCCUUGAAGAACGGAGACCUGGAUGAGGUGAAAGACUACGUGGCGAAGGGAGAAGACGUCAACCGGACACUGGAAGGUGGACGGAAGCCUUUGCAUUACGCGGCGGACUGUGGGCAGCUGGAGAUCCUGGAGUAUCUGCUGCUGAAAGGAGCAGACAUCAAUGCUCCGGACAAGCAUCACAUCACCCCUCUUCUCUCUGCCGUCUAUGAGGGCCACAUCUCUUGUGUGAAACUGCUUGUAUCAAAGGGUGCGGAUAAGACGGUGAAAGGCCCUGACGGCCUCACUGCUCUGGAAGCCACCGACAACCAGGCCAUCAAAGCGCUGCUCCAGUGA